AUAAUAUAUAUAUUUGAAUAUAUGAAUGAAUAUAUAUAUAAAUUCGAGAAAUGUCAAAAAAUCGAUUUUUUGAAAGUGUUAUUCUGGAAUGACCCGUUAAUCAUUUCAAGUAAUUGUAAAAUUAUUUUCAAUUAUAUUUUUGUAAGAACGAAUAUUAGAAAAUAUAAAAUUGUAUAUAAUUUCUUAGAUCUAUAUUGCAAUAUUCUUGUAUUCCUCGUUCAUAUUGUCCUUCAAAUUAUUUAUAUUAAAUCAGUUUUGCAUAUUUUGCAGCUUUAUUAAUUCUUAAAUUAAGGGUAACCAUGGAACAAAACAAUGCAGCUAUACAACACAUUGAUACAUUAUCAAGAUCAAGAUACAGUAUCAAGCAAGAAGGAAAUCAAGUUGAACAAACAAUUGAGGACAAACAUAAGGGAAUUCUCGAAUUUGUUUUGGAGGAAAUCGAAAACGAACUUGAAACAGAGGAGGAGACGAAAGUCCAAGAAUUAAAAGAAGAUGAAUUAGAAUCGGCGAUAAUAUCGGUUUCUAACAAUGAAACUUUGCAAUUCGAUACAUCUUGGGUGAACCCCAUGAGUGAUAGGUCGAAUCCAAUAACUGAUAAGGUAAAUCACCCAAUAUGUGCAGAAGAUAGAGAACAGUUGAAGAAAAAUACUAUUACCGACAAAUUGCACACAUUAGAGACCUUAGAACACGUCAAACUGGAGAAACAAAACUUAAAGGAGCAGGAAAGACACCUCUAUCAAGAGAUUAGAAUUAGAGAAUUAGCAUUAGACAACGAAAUAGUAUUACUUGAAGGACGAGAGAAAAACUUGAACAUGCAGAGUGAUCAAUUGUUGAAGGAGAAGAAACUGUUGGAAGAAGAAAAGACUAGUUUGAAACGAGAAAAAAAAGGAUGCGCGAUAAGCAGAGUGCGAAAGAUUACGAUACUUAUGAGAGGAUGAACGAUACUUGCAGGAAGCGCUUAGAGAAGGGCAAUCCACUGCUCCGAAAACAAUAUACACAAUUACGCGACAAGAAACGCAUAGAAAAACUCGCUGAUAAACAAGAGCAAUGUAGGAACAGAAGGAUGAAGACUGCGGAAAAAGACGAUCAUAUCUCUACAUUGGAAACGAAAAGAGCGCAUUCCAACUGUGAUAUCCUAAAAACCUUACUGAUAUAUAUACUGAUUCUAUUAAUGAGUAUUUUUUUUUGUUUAAUAUUGAAUAUUUUAUCACUACAUUACAUUAUAUAGAAAUGGAAAUAGCGCAUACGAAAAAUGGUUUUCAACAUAAGAAGCAAGUUAAAUUUUCAUUGUUGUCAGAAAAUCGUCAAUUAAAAGAAGAGGUAGAAAAUCGUGUACGGCAGGCAAUUGUCACAAAUAUUACAAUCGCACAAAAUAGAUUUAAAAUUUUUAAAUACUUCAAAAUCAAUUGAAAAACCAUCAACAAAAAAUCAAGAAGAAACCAUCUUUAGAGCUGAACAUAUGAUAAAUAAUAUCUCGUUGCCGCCUCCAGGCCCAAAAUGCCCGAUGAUAUUUCUCAUCUUAUCGGCCUUGAGAGAGCACAUUGAAAUAUGCAUAAAGUAACGAUGAUGGAAAAUGUGUAAAUUUUUAUCAAUUUUGAUUCUUUAUUGUACAGUCUAAUUUUCAUGUUAUCACACGAGAAUCUUCAGGAUGCGUAGUGAGUAGAUUGGAGUACAAAUGUUAUAUUGCUUUAUAUUUAUUUGCAGUAUAUUUUUGGAAUACUACUGUUUAAGAAAUAUUUGAUCUAAAAAUGAGAUGAGAUUUAAUGAAACUUCACUGUAACUGGCUGUGAGUGGCUUACUAGUGUAAAAUCGUGUAAUGAUACUUGUAAUGAUGCAAUUUAAUAUUUUAUUAGAAGAAUUGCAUAUAGAGACAUGGAUUUAUUUUAAAGUUGAAUUUGACGAGGCUCCAUGCUAUAUUUUUCAACAUAUAUAUAGUGUGAAAUAAGAAACAUAAUAUAUUUGCCACAAUUGUAACAAUCUGUUGAAUAGUAUUGAGCAGUAUCGAAAAUGCGUGUAAUUCUCGAAGCAUAUUUUUAUAUUUUCCAGUUUACGUUUUAUUAAUCGUUUUAAAUUAAAUGCUUAAUAUGCAACCCGAAAGACUAUACCGAAGUAAGAUUCUCCAUUUUUCUUAAUAAAAAGAACAAUUGCUGAAGAGUGUCUUUGAGAUAUGAUGUGCAAUGAUAUGCAAUGUUUCAUUUUACAUUCAUGUUGUGAAUUAUAGGUAGUUAUACGCGGGUACCUGUACAUUGAAACCACCAGUUACCUCAUAAAUACUAUAGCAUUAAUAUAUAAAAUAGCAUUUUAAAUAAGCAAUAAAUAUUUUUGAAGGAA